AUGGAUGGGCCAAUGUCUCCGUUUCCGAACUUGCACAAGCAGACCGCGUCGUCUCAUGAGAGAAAGCCCUGGAAGCGAAUCGCAAAACUCGGACCAAACAAUCUCGGCUCGCCUGUUGACGGUGUGAAGUUCGUUCGUGAUGGAGUGCUCGGCUUCGGCCUCGGCUUCGGAAGGGGAACACACACCUACCUCUCCUUCCCCGUCUGUCUCGAGACCAGGCCUUUUCCUAAGAGCUUACCGACCAGCGGUCGUCUACGCAACCCGAACAUCUGGCAAAAGACGUGA